CAGACACAAUCUUCUCCCAUGGCCCCACCCCUAGGUCUCCUCAGCAGAAACCAGCUCUAAGCCUUACUGAGCCCUAGAAGGAUCCUUCAGGGCAAAAAGUCUUCUGUGUGCAUAUCUUUCCCCUUUCAUCAGACACUUGCUAUGGUGCACAGUGGAGUCUAUUACAUGUGGAGUCCAUUCAGUGAAGGAACAGGUUCUUACACCAAGAUUUGCCUAAGUAUGGGACUGGAGCCCUGUGUCUUUUGACUGGAACCCUGAGUCUUUGUUUCAUCAUCUGUAAAACAAAAACAGCAUGAAUUGCCCUCAUCAAAUUUGAAGGUCUGUCAUGAGGAUUCAAUGAGAUCACCUAGGGCAAUAUCCGGCACAUGGGGCAAUAGAAGGACAACAAAAGAAGGAUCCAGUGAUAUGAAAUUCCAGAACCUCUGUCUGCCAAAAAAUAGGUCAUGGCCUCGAUUCAACAGUGCCACAGGCCAGUACCGGACUAUUGAUGAGCCUCUUCUCCACUGUGAAAGGAACUCUGCUGCAGCAGUCCUGGGUAGAGAUAAAGACCAGAACGAUGACGACUAUGAAGACCCUGAGCUUCACAUGGUAGAGGCAUGGCAACCAAUAAAAAUUUUACCAGCCAGACCUAUAAAGGAAUCGGAAUAUGCAGAUACACGUUAUUUCAAGAGUGCGAUGGACACUCCCCUUUCCUUAGACACCAAGACCUCUGUCCCCAUGGAGCACCAUCACUGGCACACACAGAUGGGGCUAGGAAAAGUGGAUGAACCCAUUUCCAAGGAUUCCAGAAACCAACAUGUUAAAGGAGACAGACCCACAAAAGGAAGUAAGACUCCUCUACCACCUCCUCGGCCACCCGUCACUCUUCCAAAGAAAUACCAGCCCUUGCCACCCCAGCCAGAGAGCAGCUGGUCACCCCCCCCUCAGAGGCUCAGCUUUCCUGAAGUCCAGAAAGGGCCCAGGCAAAUAAGCUUAAAGGACUUAAGUGAGGUCCUAGGAACAGAGAGAGUUCCUCAUUAUCAGAUGAAGCCUGAAUCAAUUCACCUGUCACAAACUCAAAGUAUUCCAGAGAUCCCCCUUGUCACUGCCAGCUCACCAUUCAUGAUGAGGAAUCACAGUGUACAAAAUAGAGACCAUAAAGAAAGCAUGCAGUUCCAUCCUCAGAGAUGUCAAUCUCCAGCCCGUUACAGCCCUCAGGAAAAUUUGCUUCACUAUAAAAACACAAGCUGGAGAAAGCCUUCCCCCACAAGUUCUGAUGAAAAGGAUGUCCAGAACAACGACUGGUACAUUGGAGAACACAGUCGCCAGGCAGUAGAAGAGGCAUUAAGGAAGGAGAACAAGGACGGCACUUUCUUGGUCCGGGACUGUUCCACGAAAUCCAGGGCGGAACCCUACGUGUUGGUGGUGUUUUACGGGAACAAAGUCUACAAUGUGAAAAUCCGUUUCCUGGAGAAGAAUCAGCAGUUUGCCCUGGGGACAGGACUGAGGGGAGAUGAGAAGUUUAAUUCAGUAGAAGACAUCAUCGAACACUACAAGUAUUUUCCCAUCAUACUAAUUGAUGGGAAAGACAAAACUGGAAUCCACAAGGAGCAAUGCUACCUGACUCAGCCCCUCCCCCUCAGCAGGUGCUUCUCACCUUGGUAGCCUGGGUAUUGUUUUCAGUUCAAUGGAUCCGAUACCUCUACCCACUGUUCAUUUAUUUCAAAAGAUGAUUUUCUUUGGCUUCAAGGGAUCACUUCUUUGACAUUGGAGAAAAGAAAAACAUUCUAUGAUGGAAAUUGGAAAAUCAAUCUCUGUUUUGAAAGCUCAAACUACAGAAAAAAUAUUGAUAAGAAGCAAAAAUAAAAGCUGGCUCUUAAAAAAUAUCUUAUAAAGAGAAAACUAUAAACAUGGUCAUCAUACUUAUAUUCCAGAUGAGAAAGAAAGGUGACAAGAAGCUUUGCUUAAAUGUUUGCAGCUAGCACGGGACAAAUCUAUGUGAGACUUCUGAAUCUAUGCUCUUUAUAAAACCUGGUCCUGCCUUUUUUUCAGAAGUGGUAGGACCUGUGAAGGUAUGUUUUUUGAGAUUCCUUAUGCUAAAGAUGUUGCUGAAUAUAAGCUUUAUUUUAUGUGUAAUCCUGGAAACGCAAUUGUAGGGAAGGAAUGUAGCAGAAAAUAAGAGUAUUCACAAAUAUUACCUAUAACACAGAAAUGCUUUUGCACUAGUGUAAAAGGGCCACAGGCCCAGUCUCCAGGACUCUUUUUCUGGUGGCUUUAAGACAAAUGGAAUUACUAGAUAUAUAGUAAGGGAGUAAGCCUAAAUCUGAGUGAAUUUUUUUUUUUUUAAUUCCAAUUGUGGACCUCCCUUCAAAGGAAGAGGACGGUCCUCAGAUUAGUGCUACUUUGAAGAAUACUGCAUGCCUCCUGGUGCUGUCACUUCCUAAAGCUAAGAGAAUCUUACUCUAUUUUACAAUACAAAUGAGGACUAAGAGGCUCAAAGAUACUGAUCUCGCUCUGUGUAAGAGUCCACAUCUUUAUCUAUUUUGCCUGGCCCAACCAAGCACACUUUCCCAGGUAUAUUCCUGCAGAAUUUUACAAUCAAGUUCAAAAGCUAAAUUGAAGACAGAGAAACCAUUUGAAACCAUGACUGGUUUGAAAUACAGAUUUGCCUGUGUUAAAAUAUAAAAAUAAAUAAACUCUUUAGUGGAGUACGUUUUUAAAAAAGGGGGGCAGGGUUCCUGGUUGAAGUCAAUCUACAUAAUGACUUCAAAUGUUACCAAAGCUUACACAUGAAAUUUAUGGAAUAUUUAUACAAUGGUAGCUUUAAGGUGGAAAUAAAAUCAAAAUAGAAUCAGAAAGAAAGAGAAUGGAAACAAUACUUAGGCUUAUCUCAUCUAAAAUGGCAGCCAAGAAGUGGUCUGAGAGGAGCUCUGAGCACCUACCUAUCAACUAGACAGUUGUACAGAUUCUGCUUUCACAAGGUCGGUGGAAAGUUAUACCUCUAAGGCAGAUCAGGAGCACCUGAUGAAAAGCUCUUUGUCGGUUAGCACUCCUGAUCCCCCACUGAGCCUCCCUUCAAGCGCACCUGCCCAGGAUAACAUAUGAACUAAGAGGUGAGUGUGUCUAAACUGAGGCUUGGCUACUACAGAGCACACUGUUCAGAGCUGAAGGCUUUAUGGUUGCUGAUCACUCUCAGCUGGACUUUGGCAAACUUAGGCUGGCAUGGAAAGAGACAGCAGAGGCCACUGCUUACGUGCAGAAAGAAUCUGACCCUCACCCUCCCUCUACAAAGCUAUUGGGAGAUGCCUGAGAACUCUGAUUGGCUUGUUUGAGCCAUUCAACACUGUGUGCUCGAGUCAUCUGAGUCUCCUCAAACACUGUUGUUGUUAAAACAGGUGAGCAUCAGCUGGUGUCUAACAUUUUAUGAGGCUUAUGCUUUUCAAAAUGCUUUGUUCAUAAAUGCCUGAUAUGACGGGAAGAGGAAAAGAGGUAGAAGUCAACCAUCUUGAAAUUAAAAGCCCACCAUACUUAUACAUAAUUAAAAUCUCUGGAAGGAAAGAUAACAUUCAAAAUAUUGAUGGGGUUGCUAUGUAGAUGAUUUGUGUUGGAGGGACCAUGUUAGUUGGGUCUUCUGGAACUCAGGUGCCAAAACAGGAAUUAGAAAUGUCAACAUUUGUUAGAGGUAAUGCCAGAGAAAGAUAGGACGGGAGGAAAGAGUAGGACUAGGUAGGGAGAGACUUCAGGCUGGGAUAUGAUCUGGACCCUGUGAGAGCAAGAAGGAUAGAGACAUGAGUAGGAAAGCCAUCCAGCAGAGAUGCAGCUCUGGGAGCAUCCUGGCCAGCCCAUUGAUAUGAUCCAGACCAAAGAUUGCUCAUAGAUGAGAGAGAGUCUAAUGUGAAACAGAAAUGGCUAGGUCUUACAACAGCAUGUAAAUCAUUGCCAGAGGAUGCCUUGGAUAAACACAAGCUUCAGAUGCUAUGGGAGAUCCAGAAGAUUCUACAGCAGCAGGCUGUCAAAUAACUCACUGAUUAGCAAGUUCUCUCAAGGGAGAACUAAGUGACCCACCACCAUCCCUGCCACAGUGACUCUGGUUUUCAGUGUUGACUAUAAUAUGGACAUAUUGCUUAUACAUAGACUACUGAAGAAUAAGGAUACACAAAUUUUAAUUGUUCUUGAUUCUCACAACAGUUCUGAAGAGAAGGCAGGCCAAGUAUUCUGAAUCCACUGUAUAAUUGAAGACACUGUGCCUCCUUGGCCUGUAUCUUAAGGUGACACAGCCAUAGCUGGACCAAUGCCUUCAGACACAAUUCUAUUCAGUGUCUAGCUGCUUUUUUAUAACUGAAAAAGUUCAAUGAUUUGGGUUUGGCUUGCCCAAAUUCCAAAGGGUUCUAAUCUCUCAACUAGUAUUUCAUUUUCAAUGAAGAAGUAUCACUUGACUCCUAGCUGCCAGAGAGUAGUGAAAUCUUAGCUUCAUCCGAUUAUAGCAUCUAUUACGUUCAAGACAUUUCUUGUUGGCUAAAUAACUAUCAUUAUGGAUCAAUUUAUAUCUUCCUCAUCUUUAAUAGUAUCUUGCUAUGAGCACUUGUUUGUGUAUGCAUAUAUUGCUAGGCACUUUUGAGGACGUUGGAAUUAUAGUGGUUAAUUAAGUGGGAGAAGUAGACAGAAAGUACCCAAUAAAUAAGAUAAUCUUCUUUACUGUAUUUUCAUUUGAACACUUCUCACUGAGUGCUUGUCAGUGAGGCCAACAUUAGACAUUUUGAUGAAGCUUAUUUGAGAUGGUUUUUAAAAGUUCUGAACCAGAAAAUGUUAAAUUUUACCAAAUUUACUUAAUGGAAAAUUCUCCUACUUAGGUAUAUGUGUGUGGGAGAGGAUGUAGAUAUAUGAAUAACCAUGCCACAGCUCAAAUCAGUUAAAUCUUCUAGGUUGAUGACCACAGAGGAACCAAAUUUUACCCUAUUGUCAAAUUUAGCCCAUUUCCAUGUGUGUACACAUAAACACAUUUUUUAUAAGAUGGUCUGUAUUAUAUACGACUAGCUAUAUUUGUGUAUCCAUUUUUGUAUACUGUUUGUUCCAGCUAAGCACACUUUCUUUUGAACAUUCAUGAUUAUGAUUUACAGCCAUGUUAAAAUAAAGCAAAUACAUAAUUAAAUGUCAUAAUAUCUCUGUAACUGAGUAUUAAAGAAAUGAUUUCAAAAUAG